UGUUACUACGCGCUCUCGCGGAGGAUAGUUAAGUCACGUGAUGGGAGCGAUUAUUUGGUGACAUCCGCGACUUUCCUUAAUUAGAGCCUGACAAAGUAGUUCCUCUGGGAAUGGGAGAUAUAGGGGUUUAGUUCUAUAGCGUUUUGUUGACACUGCUGUCAUGGUCCCACUUAGAUUGUCUCACGGUACUGACAUUCUUGAUGCUACUGGUAUAUAAGCUGCUGAUGGGUACUAUGAUACUGGACAUACGAUUGUUUGUAUACUAGCGAUAUGCAACAGUGCGCCUUCCUUUACUGCUGGUGCCUCAUUUUUACGGUGGUAGGACCCACCUUCUCACUGUAUCUUCCAAACAUGCAGAAAUCCAGAAAAAAUGCCAUCCCCUCAUUACAAUCAAAUUACAAAGGUGCUCUUGGUGUUAGGUGGGACAAGAGAGGCGAGCUAGAAACAAACCUCAACUCAAGGUUCCGCCACCAUUCCCGGAAGUUCUUAACCAAACACAGAUUUAUCACUGAAAUGUUCCGGAUGUUCGAUCUGAAUGGUGAUGGUUGUGUGGAGCGAGACGAGUUUGAGUAUGUGCUCGAGUUUUCCGAUAUCUGGAAAUAGUUUUUUUUCCUUCUCAAUAACGCCAUAAAAUGACAGCCUCGUUCUAAUAAUGGAAAACCAACCAAACACUGCUGGUCGGACACAGAAAGUGAUUCGGACAUUCUUCGGAAUGAGGUCUUUUCUAGCGCCGACAGUUGUGCAAAACGGCACAACGGACGACAACUCUAGAUCUAAUUAGAGUGAGAGACUUUCGCAUGCGAAAGACAACUGCCUCUUGCUUACAAUGAGGAGUUUUAGAAUCUGUCUCAUUUUUUUUUUUAUUUUUAAACAUUAUUUUAAAAAAAUAAUCAAGUGAAAAGGUAUGCUUGCAAAAUGUCAGCCCGGAAAUGCACGAGUCGUUUGACUCUGAGAGUAACAAUAUCCAUCUUAUUCCAGACUAUCAUGUUUGAAAAAUGUAUGAAUGGCGUUUUAUUUCCAUCUAAAUAGACAAAUGUAGACAUAUACGUGAUUUAAGAUAUCCAGAGCAUCAAUGAAAAGAGAAAAAUAAUCCAUGUCCAUGUUGGAAUGAAAAAGAGAUGCAUGGCUGUUGGAAAGGGUUAAGUUCGAUCUUGGGAUUUCAUGAAAGGGAAAUAUUACGCCACCAUUUCAUUACAUGUAAUACUAGUAUAUUCUGAUAUACUUUAAAGGGACUUUGUCACGAUUUGAGAUCAAAAACUUUACUUAUACUUUAUAUGUAUAAAAUGGUUUACUGGUGCAUUUUAAAUGAUUGACCAAAAUAUUGAAUGUUAAAGUCAAGUUACAAACGAAAUACAGAUGUAAGAAUUGAUUAUUUUGUAAACAAAGCUCGAGUCUUAUAGUUUUUUACAAAAAAUGUAAUGUUGAGAAUUACUAUUUUUUAGACAAAAAUGACAUGUAAAACAAUUUAAAUUAAUUCAUUACCUUCAUAAAUACUAUUUUAAACAAAUGAAAGAUACAUUUGAUUGAAUUUUAGACUAAUACAACAUAUAUGUAAAAGAUGACAAUAGUCGAGCUUUGUUUAGGAACUCUGCAUCUUGCUUAUAUAACUUGAUAUUUGAAUUUCAAAUUCUGACAUAGCAUUAUAAACUUCUAUAUUCAUCAUUAUAAACAUUGAAAAUAGAAAAAUAAAAUUUGAAAAUUUAAAGUCAAAUCGUGUCCAAGUCCCUUUAAAGACACUUUUCUGAUUUAAAGAACCUGAGCAAGUUGCAAACAUAUGGUGUAAAUUUUCAAAGAAAGGUUUUUCCCAAUUUGAAUUUGAAAUAAUUGCAAAUAUGACUUAUGUCUAAGUAAUCUAUUACUCCGAGUAGAAGUAUGGCUGCCAUAAGCGAGUGGUUUACAUUGUUUAUCGAUACCGUGUACUUUUUGUUUCAGAGAUUGUUGAUAUUGAUCUUAUUUAUUAUAACUUAUUGGUUUAGUUGUUUGUCCUUUGUAUAAAGGAGAAAGACAAUAUAUGUUUAUAUAUCUCGCCAUUUGGUAAAAAUAUUGUAUAUAAAUCAUUUCUCAUUUCUGUUAAAAGAAGACAAUUGAAAUUGCACUUAAAGGUUAAAAUUUUCCAUAAAAAUUCCAAAAUCUAGUCCCUGUUUUUUUUUUUCAAACAAAGAAAAAAUAUUACUGUUUGAUGUUUCUCAAUUUUUACAAUUUUAUGUCUGUUGGACUAGUUUCAACAUAACAGUUUUGAACAAUGUUUUUGUUCAGAUAAAAUCCUAGCUACAUGAUUACCUUUUAUACAAUGUGAUUAUUGUUAUCAGACUGGAAAGUAUUUACCUUUAUGAAAAAUUAAAACAUUAUUUUCCUGCUUAAAUGUUGACUUAUCUAUGAUGGUGUUUAUAUCACAAUGGAUACCUAUGAACUCACUGGGACGGACACACUGGUCUGUUUGUUGCCUUUGAAUCUUUACAUUGGUUCACAGUUUUAAUGUGCAUAUUUUUUUCGACUCCAUUAUGAUUUGUA